UCAAACAUUACUCACCCUAUAAAAUCAACAUGGCCGAACCUAUGGACGUAGACGCACCCCAUCAGGCGCCCCCGCCAGCGCCCAAGCCGAAGAACGCGAUGGAGGCGAUGAUGGCGAACGCGAAGAAGGGGAAGGGGAAGGAGACUGAUGCCGCGCAACCGGCGGUACUCGAUGAUGGAUUGCCUUGGGUGGAGAAGUAUAGACCUGUAUCGCUCGAUGAUGUGGUUUCGCACAAGGACAUUACGGGGACCAUUGAGAAGUUUAUUGACGCUGGUCGUCUACCCCAUCUUCUCCUCUAUGGCCCUCCUGGUACCGGUAAAACCUCCACUGUUCUCGCUUUGGCAAGAAGACUCUACGGAACAGCAUACAAGAAACACAUCCUCGAACUCAAUGCCUCAGAUGACCGUGGUAUCGACGUCGUACGUGAUCAGAUCAAAAACUUUGCCAUGACCAAGGUCUUGUUCUCGAAGGGAUUCAAAUUGGUCAUUCUGGAUGAAGCAGAUAUGAUGACACAAGCUGCUCAAUCGGCGCUUCGUCGAGUCAUCGAGCAGCACACCAAGAACGUUCGAUUCUGUAUCCUCUGCAAUUAUGUCAACAAAAUCACCCCCGCCAUUCAAUCACGUUGUACGCGUUUCAGAUUCUCGCCUUUACCUGAGAGCGAAGUGAAGAUCAGGGUAGAUGAGGUUGUGGCGAAGGAGGGCGUGAAUAUGACCAAGGAUGGAGAGGCGGCUUUGCUCAAGCUUACGCGAGGUGAUAUGCGACGUGCUCUCAAUGUUCUUCAAGCAUGCCAUGCUGCUUAUGACAUUGUCGACGAGGCUGCCGUGUACAACUGUACCGGCAAUCCGCACCCCAAGGACAUUGAGCGUGUGGUGAAAAGCAUGCUGCAGGACGAGUUUGGAAGUGCAUAUGAUGGUACGCGAUUUUGCAAGUAUGCUUCAGCACAUGGCUGACAGAACACAGCCAUCACAAAGCUCAAGAUCGACAAAGGCCUCGCUCUGCAGGAUCUCAUUGCAGGUGCCUACGAUUUCCUGGAUACCGUGGAACUGCCAAAGCAGAGCAGGAUAUACCUGCUGGACCACCUGGGGAGCACCGAGUAAGUAUUUCUUCCACAAGCUCGAGGCUCGCCGAAACGCGUAAGACCAUAAGCGGGCACUGACGUCAUGCUGCAGACACCGGUUGUCGCUGGGAGGGUCUGAGAAGAUGCAGUUGACGGCGCUGCUAGGGGCGUUCAAGGUGGCGGUCGAGCUGUCCCAGAAGCAGAUAUAGUGGAAGCAUGCAUCACCUCCUGCUCGGGGCCAUUCUAUA